AAUACUUUUUCCGUUGUAAAGAAAAACAUCGGAGUGGAGCAAACUACACAUUGUAAUUGUUGGCAUAAAAAAAAUAUUCUUGAUUUGACAUUUUAUGAUUUAACAAGGAAAAAAAAUCUUAAUUUGCCAAUAAACAUGCUAACAGAAAAUAUCUGUGUAUCAAAAUGCAGCUCCCACCUUAAGUUUCUAGUGGGAUCCUGACAUUUGUAUUUUUCUUCAGGCCUAAAGGAUAUGUCUCUUAGCCCCCCACCCCACAUACUUUUAAUGUGAGCUGCCUUGAUUAGUAUGAAAGGUAUGGUUUUCAGUGUCAGAAGACCAACAUUUUCUAAAAUAUCCUCAACAUACAGUGACAAUGAGUGGUGACAUGAUACACCGUAGUUCUCAUUUCCUGAAUUGUUUAAAAGACCACACUUUUAUCAGUCCCUCUCUAAAGUGGGUUGCUGUCAUUGCUUUUUUUAAGAUUGGAUUUUCAUUAUGAAUUGGCUGUAUAUUUUUGUAAAAUUUCUCCUUUUUAAAUUAAAAAAAGUACCAUAGUCUAACCAAUUUAAAUGUCAAGUGUUUGGGCCAAAAGCACAAUUACAGGCAUGUUUGUCAAUCAAGUCUUUGACGUUGUACAAGUGGCAUUUCUAGAGCCCUGAAUAAAAAGCUCAUCUGGCAGACAAAGCAUAUGAACAGUUUAUUCAGCUGAUGAGAAUAACAUCCUUUCAAAGGUUUCUGGAGUCUUGUUUGUGAUUUAGGAUGUUUCAUUUAUGAUUGGAACCAUUUCUAUGUGACAGCUGGACACAUAAUGUAUUUUUGCACAACACUAACUGCAGUUCAGCUAAGCAGCUGCUUGUGGGCACACUGUUCAGAAAACAUCUGCUGAGCUGAAGUCCAGGAGUCCCUCUGUUUUACUCAUCCAGUGAUCUGCCUGAAAUUUAUUUGUUAGUGGCAGUAGCCCUUGUAAUCAGGAAAAUAACAGCUAAGAGAAAAGUUUGGGGGCUAUGAAAUAUUUAAAAAGCACCAAACAAUGCUGAAAUGUCUCAGGAGAUGACUGUGUUUACAAGUGAGUCAAAUGGUUUAAUUUUGAGUAAGGCUGGAAAAUACCAGAUGAGGCACCAGUAUGAAGACAAGCUGCUUACCUCAGAAAUGGAGGAUAUUGUUCAAAAAUGAUUUUGUGCAGUGGAUUUGCAACCUGUACAGGGUGUACCCCACAUCUACCUUAAUGACCACUGGAGAUGGGCACCAGGCCCCCUCCCAUGACGCUUCAAGGACAAGAAGUUGACGGUGGAUGUAAGAUGCUAAAGAAUCAGUUUUAUUCAAGUUUGUAAGCACAAGGAACAUGACUGGUUCCACUUUGCUAAUAAAGAUGUUUUAAAUAUAAAAAGUAUUUUUUGGGGAAAUGACAAGCUUUUUUUAAAAAUAUGUAUACAAAGAAAGACGGUUGAAUUAGUGCAAAUAUGCAUGGUAUCAGGCUGGGCCCUCUGUUAGGGGUUAGUCAGAAAGACAGUCUAGGGAAAAACUCUGGCAGCUUGGUUUGGAAAGAGUGCUCUAUAUUGCCGACUUGAAGGUAAAAGUCUUAGCAGUUUGUCUCCAGCGUGCAUUGGGCCUGCAGAUAUUUUAGCUGCCCUUUCCCUGACCCUAGAACUAUACAAGUUGAUGGAAGGAAACUAGGAAUGACCUAAUGUUGGGUAAAUAAAUACCUGAUACUUGAAUGAGAAAACAGAUUUUUACAACAAGGAAAAAAAAAAAGCUAAUGGUUUUCCAACAAAUGUAAAUAUUUUAUCUGUUGUGAGAUCUGGCGAGCUGACCUGUGACCUCUAACAUCAGUCUGGUUUCAAUCACAUAAGUGUGGCAGCAGCAUUUCUCAACAUUUUUUGCGUACUGGUGCCUGGUUUCACACAGCUAACACGCUCCUCCACCUCUGGCAAAGUGGUGCUUUUGGCCAGCCUCCAUAGUUUACGUUUUGCUCCCAUCACUUUCACUGCAAUCUAGUUUACUAUCUUUUAUUUUUGAUAGGUUGCUGCAGUAAUUACAAUUCCCAUACUCUAGGGAUAAUCAGACUUUACUCUAUUCCUGCUUUAAUUCAGUGAAUAAAAAUCUCAGAUUGUAAAUCAGGGUUUUGUAUAAAAUGUUUCAAAUAUAUACAUACACUUAAGAAUUUUACAUGUGUAUAUUCUGAUUGCCUGGGAUGUUAAGUGUACCAAAAAGUUAGCAAAUAAUCAAAUCUUUGUAAAAGAAUAAUAUGAUGAAUGAAAAUAAAAAAAAAAUUAAAUUAAAAGCAUUUGUGUAAAACUCAUUUGAAUUGGACAAUAAUAUGCCAGGAGGCAGUCAUGAGAAAUUAUACAUAUCCAAGUCCACCAACAGGAGGUGAUAAAGAGCGUUUGCCUGAGACCACCAUCCACUUUCUACUUUUCCCAUCUGAUGGGAGGUGGUGAGACACAGGAGUUCUCAGAAAUGGGAGGUAACCUGUUGGACAGCUAGUCCCGUUGCUCUGUAACUCUGUCCUUCAGCUGCUGAAUCCUCUUCCUCUGAGUCUCACCCUGCUUGCAUCUCCACUGUAGCUUGGAUUAUUGCACUCUUCCUACUGUUCUAUUAAUUGGAAUGACAUCUUCCUGAACUGAGGCUGCUGUGAUGAGAGCCUCUGUCCUUGGAUCCUUUUGUGCUCUUCUCGUGCUCCUGCAGGAGCCUGCAUGCCAAGGGGAUGAGGUUACAACCAGUACAGUGAACCCAUGCUGUUAUUUCCCGUGUCAGCACUGGAGUGUCUGUGUGCGCUACGGUGAGGGCAAGUAUGAGUGUGACUGCACUCAUACUGGAUACUAUGGAGAAAACUGCACAAUCCCCGAGUUUCGGACACGAGUGCAUGAGCUCCUCAAGCCUAGUCCAGAUGUGGUGCAUUACAUUCUCACCCAUUUUCAAUGGCUCUGGGACAUCAUCAACAACACGUUCUUACGGAACAACCUCAUGCGUCUGGUUCUAACAGUGAGGUCCAAACUGAUCCCCAGUCCUCCCACUUUCAAUUCAAAAUAUAGCUACCUCAGCUGGGAGUCCUACUACAAUCUCAGCUACUACACCAGGAUUCUGCCGCCUGUUCCUGAGGACUGCCCUACGCCUCUGGGGGUCAAAGGCAGAAAAGGGCUUCCUGACCCAGAGGUGUUGGUUGAGAGGUUACUGAAAAGAAGGACAUUCAGACCUGACCCUCAGGGCUCCAAUGUCAUGUUUGCUUUCUUUGCUCAGCACUUCACACACCAGUUCUUCAAGACCUACAAUCGCAUGGGUCUGGGCUUCACUAAGGCUUUAGCACAUGGGGUCGAUGCAGGGCACAUUUAUGGAGACAGCCUAGAUCGUCAGCACACCCUCCGGCUUUUCAAAGAUGGAAAAUUGAAAUAUCAGUUAAUCAAUGGAGAAAUGUAUCCUCCCACUGUAGCUGAUGCUCCCGUCAGGAUGAGCUACCCUCCUGGCAUCCCUGAGGAGAAACAGAUGGCCAUUGGUCAGGAGGUGUUCGGGCUCCUUCCUGGUUUGGCUUUGUAUGCCACGCUGUGGCUCAGGGAGCAUAACAGAGUGUGUGACAUCCUGAAAGCAGAGCAUCCUACCUGGGACGAUGAGCAGCUUUUCCAGACCACCCGCCUCAUCGUCAUCGGUGAGACCAUAAAAAUCGUGAUAGAGGAUUACGUGCAGCACCUGAGCGGCUACCUGCUGCAGCUGAAGUUUGAUCCCACCCUGCUGUUCCACUCCCACUUCCAAUAUGGGAACCGCAUCGCGCUAGAAUUCAGCCAGCUCUAUCACUGGCACCCUCUGAUGCCUGACAGCUUCCACAUUAACGGAGAUGAGCUAUCAUACACGCAGUUCCUCUUCAACACGUCUGUCCUCACUCACUACGGCGUGGAGAAGCUAGUGGAUGCCUUUUCUCGGCAAGCUGCUGGCCAGAUUGGUGGAGGCCACAACAUGAAUGCUAUUGUUGCCGAAGUCGCCGUGGGAACGAUAAAGGAGUCCCGCCAGCUCAGGAUCCAGCCUUUCAACGAGUACAGGAAGCGUUUUAACCUCAAGCCAUACACCUCAUUUAGACAUUUCACUGAUAAUGAGGAGAUAGCCAGCACUCUUGAAGAGCUCUAUGGUGAUAUUGACACUCUUGAAUUCUACCCCGGAUUAUUGCUGGAGAAGACUCGAGCGGGGGCAAUAUUCGGAGAAAGCAUGGUGGAAAUGGGUGCCCCCUUUUCCCUCAAAGGCCUCCUGGGUAACCCCAUUUGUUCUCCAGAAUAUUGGAAGCCCAGCACAUUUGGAGGCAAAGUUGGCUUCGACAUUGUAAACUCUGCCACCCUGAAGAAGCUGGUCUGUCUGAACUCCAGGACGUGCCCCUAUGUGGCAUUCAGAGUUCCAGCAGAGAAGAAACCAGGCCGGAAAGAACAAAGCAAUGAGCUAGCUACUGCCAUGACUACUCUGGAUGACAAGCUGCUGGGUGAAAAGCUGCAGUACUACUACAGCAGCAGUGAGGAUGAAGGCAGUGACGAUGAAGAUGGGGAGAAAAAGACCAUCCGUGAUGCAAGUGCCACUGAGCCUGACAUAGACUUCAGCGCAGACGGAAGUGCUGUCAACACAGGACCAAAGGGAGUCAUCAAUGACUGGAGGAAGUACAAGCAGCUGGAGGUGGAACAGAAACAGGAGCAGAAAAACGAGAUGGAAAGACUGAUAAAGAAGCUGUCAAUGACGUGCCGUUCCGAUCUCGACCUGAUAAAAGAAAAAGAGGAGGAGAAAAAGCUGAAGGAUAAAAUUAAAAGCAAAAUGACCAUGCAGGAAUACAACAUGCUCCAGGAGGAAGAGGACGAUGAAGACUUCCUCCAGCAGUACCGCAUGCAGCGCAUCAAAGAAAUGCAACGCCAGCUCUGCCGCGGAAAGCGCUUCGAGCAGGUUCAUGAGCUUAACAGCGGGGAGGAGUUCCUGGAGGCUUUGGACAAAGAGGACAAGAGCACACUGAUAAUGAUCCACAUCUAUGAGCCAGAGAUCCCAGGUUGCGAUGCCAUGAGCGGCAGCCUGAUGUGCCUGGCACAUGAAUACCCUCAGGUGAAGUUCUGCAGCGUGCGCAGCAUGUCCAUCAGCACCAGCGCGCUCUUCAGAGAGAGUGCUCUUCCUGCUCUGCUCGUAUACAAAGGGGGUGACCUGAUAGGCAACUUUGUGCGGCUCACCGAUCAGCUUGGGGAGGACUUCUUCGCCGUGGACCUAGAGGCUCUUCUGCAGGAGUACGGCCUGCUGCCGGAGAAGCCCCCCAUGGUCCCAAAGACACUUCGCAAUGGAGCCAUCAUUCAGAGCAAUGUUAGUGAUGAAGACUCAGACCUUGACAUAGAUUAGUGCUCAAAUGUCCAAUAUGUAUAUUUUGCUUAAUAAACCUGCACACCCAGUUUGCAUGGACUAUAUAUCAUAUUUAUUUAUGUGAACCCCUUGUAGAGAUUAUGCCCUGACCGCACACAGCACCAGAGCAAAAGUAGAAUAAGUAAAUUGCUUCAUGUCAUUCCAUUCUGAAUAUCUGGAAGAGUAAAUGUCACUUAUGAUCAUUGUUUAAAACACAGCUGGAAUACUAUUGUUGCUAUAUAUACGGUUCAUUUAUUUCUUAAACUCUGACUGUUGAUCUUUUGUGUUCAACACAUUCCAUUGCAUCGUUUCAUGUCUUGUCUGCUGUAUCAUCCAUGUUUCACUCUUGUGAAUAUUGAACCUUUAUCUCCAGACUGAACUUGUUAGUUUUGUUACUUUUAUAUGUGCUGUACCCUCAAAUAAACUGCAGCGUGUUUUAAA